CUAGUAAGGUUAUGCGUUUGUCAAAAAUAAGCUAAGUUAGCAACAGUAGUUUGGCCAUUACCCUGCAAAGCUUGGUAUAAAUCAUAAACGACUGCUGUGCUGUAUCUUUCUAUUAACUAUAUGGAAGUCGAUAGGGAUAAAUGUUAUUUGCUUAAUGGUUUUAAUAGCGUUAUAUAGCUUAACUGUUAACCAGUGGUUACAGCUAACUGGUUGUAAACGGUACCCACAGCUAGCUUGGCUAACGGCGCCGUUAGCAAGGAAUCAAACAUAAUUUAUUGUAAAUCUAAAGAACCGAAACAGCAACCGUGUGGUUUUACAAGUCCGUCAGUUCCCACGGGGUGUCUAUAGAAAGGCGGACACAAUGCAACACGUCAAGAUCAAGACUGAAAGGCCAGACUUAGACGGGGCUGGUGCGCGCAGCAAAUUAGAUGCUGUCUUAAAGGGACUGGUAGAGAAGAGCGAAAAUGAAAGCAGGGAACAAAAUGAAGGUGAUCCGGGAAAAUUGUCAGCCGACUCUUUGAACAAGGAUUUAUCACCGACAUCUGCUGGAAAAAGACCGUCGGCUCGAUUUCCACAGCACCGGAGAAAGAAGCGAAAAGAGAUGGAUGAGAGCAUUCCAGAAAGCAAUCAGCAUAAACAAAAUGCCUACGUUAUCAAGUUGUUUGACCGCAGUGUGGAUCUGGCUCAGUUCAACACCGCCACCCCACUGUAUCCUAUCUGCCGUGCAUGGAUGAGGAAUAACCCUUCCGUUCGAGAACCAGCUGCUUCCCCCAGCUCCCCACAGAGCAUGGUAGAGGAAGAGGUUACGGACACAAUCAACGGUAAAGGUCAGAAUGUGUACCGACUUCCUCCUCCGACUGCCUGUCCAGUCAACUCCUCUGGUGAACCCAUCAAUCUCAGGAUCCCACCUACUGAAAAACCAACUGUUACCAAGUUGACAGAUGUUGCUGUAUCAGGUUCUCUCAUAUGUGACCACAUGGAACGUUGGAAAAAGAUAAGGCAAAAAUGGAAGGAGUGCUCCAACAAGAAUCAAUUAAGAUACAGUGAGAGCAUAAAGGUCCUUAAGGAAAUGAAGGAGCUCUAUGAUCACUGACUGGCUACUCUGUAACUCUCCAGUACAGAGAGGACUUGGUUGGAAAGAAGCAAUGUCUUUGCAGUCAGUGCUUGAAUACACCUGUUUCUACACAGUCUGACUCAUAGAAAAUCGUUUACAUGAGCUUGAGCCUUAAAAGACCACAUAUCAUCUGUGGCUUCAUUUUGUUGUGUGACAGUUUCUUCUUCUUUUUUUCUAUUCAUAAAAAUCUAGUGUAUAUGUUGAAAUAACAGUUUCAUCAGUAGUAUUUUCCAGACACAAUGACUUGUAAAAUCUCAAGAUUAAUGAAAUGUGUAUUAAAGUGCUUUAAUUUAAAUCUCUUCCACUUUUAGUUUUACUUCUUUAAUCUUGGCGUGUGUUAACGAGCAGCCUACAGGUAAUGAGGUAUAUAUCAUGACAGUUCUUUCAUUUGUAUAGUUAUUGAUGACGUACCAAUACCUGCUUAUGUCUUAACAUUUGCAUGUCAUUUUGUAUAGAGUAAAAUACAGGACUGUGCAAAAUU